AUGGCGAAAGUAAAGGGUGAAAAAGUUUCGAGUUCAACUGAUGUAAAGAUCAAAAAAAACAAGGAGGCUGACAAGACACCGGAGGUUGAAGGCUUGAAGGACAAGAAGCCAAAAAAGAGCAAGGAGGCUGACAAAGAGACUGUUGUGAAGAAGGGCGACCUUUUGAAUGAGGUUGGGAGUGCCAAGGGCAAGGAGACGAAGAAAGACAAGACAAACAAGAAGGAGACGAAUGAGGGGAAGACAAAGGGAUCAAAUAUUGAAGCUCCUGAAGGCGUCACUGCGAAGGAGUUUGACCUACUGGUUGAGAGCAGUGUGAGGAUAGAGGAGAAGAUACGUUCCCAAGCUGAGGCCAGGAGGGUUAGGAAAGAAGCAAGGAAAAGGGCCCAGGACACUGGGAAGCUUGAGGAGAAGACUUCCAGGGAGGCUGAGGGGCAAGACGAGAAGAAAUACAAAGAGACCGAGACAGAGGCUUGCAGAGAGGAGAAGACAAGUGCAAAGGAGGAUGAAAGGACUCUGACAGCUGAGAGCGCAAAGGAUGAGAAGAAAGACAAGAAGACUAGGAAGGAAGAUAACAGAAAAGCGAAGAUAGAGGCACAGGAGGAUGCGAAGACUUCCAAGGAGACUGAGAAGUCCAAAGGCAAGGAGAAGGAUGUAGAUGCAAAGAAGGAUGAUGAGUCCAAAGGUGAAAAGCGCACGAAGACCAAGGACAAAAAGAAGGAUGAGAAGACUUCCAAGGAGGCUGAAG